AAUCAACAUGAUUGUUUCUGCAUAAAAUGUCCAAGACAGAUGUUGAAAAAUGUUACAAAAUAGUUGACGUCAUUCUGGACCAUAUCCGUGACUUUUGGCCAAUUCUUUUAUUCUUCGCGGAUUUAAAGGCGCGCCACAGUUGGAUGUUGUUAGACGCAGGAGAAGGACGAGGGCGGGGCUAUCGUGGGAGAUCAAAACAAACCAACAAAUCAGGAGAGUUCUCUGGGUGAUUUACAACCGCAGCGGCCAGGAGGGAGGCGCGAUGGGUGCGUGCGUGUUUCCUUUUGCGCGUCAAGGGUGGGAGCGAGUAUUGAGUGAACAGCAGGACAGAGAGGAUAGCAAAGAGAAGGCAUUGAGGGAGCAGAGUGCCAAGAAGAAACAUGGAGCCAAAAUACUAAGAGGACAAAUUAGCGACACAUCAUCCGUACAUCGCGCCCUUGAGGGAAAUAACUCACUUUUACUGUUCUUCAGUGGAUUAUGAUAAUAAUAAUAUAUAUAUAUAUAUAUUUUUUUUUUUAACCCAGCCAAUUUUCUGCCAUCGCUCAUCCUACUGGAAUGCGCACUGUAACCGUUCCAGGACGCAUUUGAAAAGCAACUAGGAAAGAUGAACUGCGUUCUAUUUAUUUAUGUAUUUAUUUUGUCCCAAUUUUAAAGACAUUACUGGGAAGUGGAAAGAUUUAUCCGGGUGCCUUACACAUUUCUAGAAAGUGUUGUAGAUUUUACUCACCUUUUCCGCUUGACUAAUGGAAAGUAACAUUUUAUCCACCUAAAGAGGCUACUAAGGUUUGCUGUAUUUUCCUCAAGUGCACUUUUUUUUGUUUGUUGUUAUUAUUGUACCCCUACGGCGAUGAUUGUGCUUUUGAUUGCCCUGUGCAUCGCGGACGGGGUGCUCGCCCAAAUCCGCUACUCGGUGCCGGAGGAGGCGGACCAUGGCACCUUGGUGGGAAAUAUCGCCGAGGAUUUGGGAUUGGACCUUACCAAACUGGCAUCACGCCAUUUCCAAGUCGUGCCCGGCUCUCGGACACCUCACUUGGAAGUAAACGUGGAGAACGGCGUCCUGUUUGUAAACGAAAAAAUCGACCGGGAGCGGAUAUGCAAGCAGAGCGCGAGCUGUCAGCUCAACAUGGAAGUGUUUCUGGAGAACCCUUUGGAGCUUUUUCGAGUUGAGAUAGAAGUGGUGGACAUUAACGACAACCCACCCAGCUUCCCCGAGACGGACAUAACGGUGGAAAUCUCCGAAAGCGCAACUCCCGGUACGCGCUUCCCGCUGGAGAGCGCGUUCGAUCAGGACGUAGGCACCAAUUCUUUACGCACGUAUGAUAUCACCUCGAACAACUACUUUUACCUGGACGUGCAGACCCAAACAGACGGCAACAAAUUCGCCGAGCUGGUGCUGGAGAAGCCGCUGGACAGAGAGCAGCAGGCGGCUCACAGGUACGUGCUGACCGCGGUGGACGGCGGCCAGCCUCCCCGGACCGGCACCGCGCUGCUGGUGGUCAAAGUGCUGGACUCGAACGACAACGUGCCCGUAUUUGAGCAGCCCGUGUACGCAGUAACGCUUUCGGAGAACGCGCCCGCGGGUACGCUGGUCAUCCAAUUGAACGCCACUGACACGGACGAGGGACUCAAUGGCGAGAUUGCCUAUUCUUUUAGUAACCACAUCUCCGGCCGCGUAAAAGACAUUUUCAGCAUAGACCAGCGAGCAGGUCGCAUCGAGGUGCGCGGGGAAGUGGAUUUUGAGGAGAGCAGCCUGUAUCAGAUUUUUGUCCAAGCCAAGGACAAGGGGCCGAACGCCGUGCCGGCUCAUUGCAAGGUCCUCGUCACCGUCACGGACGCGAAUGACAACGCACCCGAGAUCACCUUCAGCACUGUUACGGAGUCGGUGAGUGAAAAGGCGGCCCCCGGCACCGUCAUCGCUCUGCUAAGUGUGACAGACUUGGACGCUGAAGAGAAUGGACAAAUGGACGUGGAAAUCCUUGGCGAGGUCCCCUUCAAAUUGAAGUCAUCAUUUAGGAAUUAUUUCACCAUUGUGACUGAUGGCUCGUUGGACAGGGAGAAGGCAGACUCCUAUUCGGUGACUGUGGUUGCAAGGGAUAAAGGCUCCCCUUCUCUUGCCACCAGCAAGUCCAUUCGAGUCCAAGUGUCGGAUGAGAAUGACAAUGCCCCUGCGUUCACAAAAGCCAUAUAUGAUGUAUACGUGACGGAGAAUAAUGUGCCAGGGGCGUAUAUACACGCAGUGACCGCUCUGGAUCCUGACGUCGGGCAGAAUGCGCUCAUCAGCUAUUCCAUAUUAGAGUGUGAGAUCCAGGCCAUGUCAGUCAAAACCUACGUGUCAAUCAAUGAGGAGACAGGGUACUUAUAUGCACUGAGGUCCUUUGACUAUGAACAACUGAAGGAUUUCACAUUUGUUGCGCAGGCAAAAGACGCCGGCGCCACGGAGCUCUCCGCGAAUGCCACCGUCAAAGUUAUCAUUGUGGAUCAGAAUGACAAUGCCCCCCUAGUCUUAGCCCCCAUGGGGAAGAACGGCACAGCGAAGGAGCCUCUGCCCCGCUCGGCUGAGCCCGGCUACUUGGUGACGCGCAUUGUGGCGAUGGACGCAGACGACGGAGAGAAUGCCAGGCUGUCGUACAGCAUCCAGAGGGGCAACGAGAAUGGAAUGUUCAGGAUGGAUUGGAGGACAGGUGAACUCCGGACAGCGAGGCGGGUGUCAGCUAAACGAGACCCUCAUCAGUCGUACGACUUGCUGAUUGAGGUGAGAGACCACGGUCAGCCUCCGCUGUCCUCCAGCGCCAGCGUCCUCGUGGUGCUGGCGGACGGUGUGGCCGAGGGCCGCGGCCCUGCGGACAGAGGAGGUGCUGCUGCCAAAGCCAAGGAAAGUAGCCUGGACCUCACGGUCAUCCUCAUCAUCGCCUUAGGCUCCGUCUCCUUUAUAUUCCUCCUGGUCAUGAUUGUGCUGGCCGUGCGUUGCCAAAAGGAAAAAAAGCUCAACAUUUACACCUGCCUGACCAGCGACUGCUGCCUGGGCCGCAGCUCCUGUUGCUCGCGGCGAGGCCGGGCCCAUCAAAAAAAGCUGAGCAAGUCAGAUAUCAUGUUGGUGCAAAGUGCUGUGAAUGUCACAGGGGCAGGCACAGCUCAAGUCCCUGUGGAGGAAUCAGGGAGCUUUGGCUCGCACCAUCCAAAUCAGAACUAUUGUUAUCAGGUAUGUCUGACUCCUGAGUCUGCCAAAACCGACCUCAUGUUCCUAAAGCCGUGUAGUCCGUCUAGGAGCACAGACAGCGAGCGCAACCCAUGUGGAGCCAUAGUGACAGGGUAUGCAGACCAGCAGCCUGACAUCAUAUCGAAUGGCAGUCUAUUAUCAAAUGAGAACAAACACCAGCGAGCAGAGCUAAGCUACAUGGUGGACAGGCCAAGACGUGUAAAUAGCUCGGCAUUCCAAGAGGCAGAUCUGGUCAGCUCUAAAGACAGUGGCCAUGGAGACAGCGAGCAAGGAGAUAGUGACCACGAUGCCAUGAAUCGAGGCCUUUCCGCUGGCGCUGAUCUGUUCUCUAACUGCACAGAGGAGUGCAAGGCUCUAGGCCACUCGGAUCGCUGCUGGAUGCCGAGUUUCUUGCCCGCAGAUGGGCGUCAGGGCCCAGAUUACCGCAGCAAUCUCCAUGUGCCGGGUAUGGACUCAGUUCCGGACACAGAGAGAGGGAAAGGGUUUACUAGUUCUUUUCAUAUCGACAUUCCGGAGACUGCAUGAAUUUGCACAAUGAUCCCCCAACAAUCAAGAUGAUCCCGUCCCAGAAGAAAACACCCACACAUACCCACAGAAUGAGGAUGGGUGACUAAAUGACCCUCGUCCCCUUCGUCCACUGGAAUUUAUUGGAGAAAAGGCUUCAGGGGGGCCCCACCCUCUGGUUACAAAGACGCUGAGGAGGGGAGAUGGCGUGGAACGAAAGGCUGCAGGCAGGUAGACGAAUGGCCUUACCGGGAGCACCUCGUUGUCUCAGCAGGACUGAGAAUUUGAAACUAAACAAAGGAUGGACUGAUAGCUCUGGCAGAGGGACGCCGAUUCAACUUUGAUCUAUUUCUUUCACGUUUUUGUGUGAAACUGUUUACAGCACUAACGUAGAUCUUGGAGAAAACUCAAAGCAGACAUUAGCUGAAGGACAGCCACCACUGAGCCCUUUAGGCGAUCGUAUUCAGUCGCCAAACUGUACAGGAGGUUCCGUGUGCAUUUCUAAAUACGAUGCCAUUCUUUUCAAAUUUACUGUUUUUGUGACAAGGCGUCUUUGUUCCAAUCUGCUUCAACGUUGUCGACAAAUGUUGGAGACAAUUUUUUUUCAUGUUUUUUUUUAAAAUCCAAUUCUUUCUUUUUCUUAUUGUUAUUGCUUUUUGUAUUUCUUUGGGUUGGUUUUUCACCGGCUGAGUUGAAGCAAGGACCCUAAAUAAGGAUAAGUGACUUAGAAAAUGGAUGUAUGUUUUUCACCACCACUUUUGUGGGCUUUGACAGUGUUCUUGAAGCAUCGAGUAGUUUCUGUCACGAGUGACAAGUGUUUACUGUACUCUUUUAAUAACAUUCAAGCUCAAUAUAAAACUAUAUAUAUAAAUCUGUAUUUACUUGUUAUGGAGGCGUGUUAUCUGUUUCCUGGGUUGCCAAUUCAGCUAUGAUUGUUUUGUUUAUACUUUUUUUUUUAAGUGCCCCUGCUGAAGGCCUGUACAUCUCAGAGAGCGACUGAAUGGCCUUAGCAAAUGUAAAACUUCUUUGACAUGUUUCCUAACUUGUUUACCACGUUUAGGUAUGAUUAAAAAAAUGUGUAUUAAAAAAAAA